GGAGGAGGAGGAAGAGGAGGAGGAGGACACGCACGGGGAGAGGCAGCAGCAGCAGUGUUAGCAGUAGUCGAGAGGGAACAGCAGAGCCAUCGAGGCCGCGGACACGAUGUCCGCGUCGACGAGGUGCCAAGAGCCAAAGACAGCCCGCCGCAGUGCAGGAGCCUGCAUCGCUGCUGCCGCUACUUAACCUUUCGAUAAAAGUGCUCGAGAAUAUAUAUAUAUCUAGUAAAGGACGAAUAUUACACGCAUCGGUAUUGUAUAGAGUGUCUGUGCGCAGUGCGGGUGAUACACAGUGAAUCUCGAGGUGUGACAGCUCCGUCUCUUCGCGAGUGUGACGAGUAUAGUGGCAGUAUAGGGAGGGCCAGUUGAGGCUGCGAAUAAAGGAGCUGAAGCUAUCGAGGCAAAUUGACUGAGGCAGCAUAGCCCCGAGGCUACUACUCCGACCGUGAAAAUGUCGUCGGUGAAGGUAGCCGUGCGGGUUCGUCCCUUCAACAUGAGGGAGAUAACCCGCGAGGCCCAAUGCAUCAUCGAAAUGACCGGCAACACCACCUCCAUAGCAAAUCCCAAGGCGCCUCCAGGAACGAAAGAUGCGAUCAAGAGUUUUAACUACGAUUAUUCUUACUUUUCUAUGGACCCGAACGACGAAAACUACUCGACUCAAAUCAUGGUCUACAAGGACAUCGGAGAGGAGAUGCUCGAGCACGCGUUCGAGGGUUACAACGUCUGCAUCUUCGCGUACGGCCAGACUGGCGCAGGCAAGUCGUACACGAUGAUGGGCAAACAGGAGGAAGGCCAGGAGGGCAUUAUUCCCCAGAUCUGCAAGGACCUGUUCCGCAGGAUCGGCGACAACAGCUCGAACGAGGACAUGAAGCACUCGGUCGAGGUCAGCUACAUGGAGAUCUACUGCGAGCGUGUGCGCGACCUGCUCAAUCCCAAGAACAAGGGCAACCUACGAGUUAGGGAACACCCUCUACUUGGACCCUACGUCGAGGACCUGUCCAAGCUCGCCGUCAUGUCCUACGAGGACAUUCACAACCUCAUCGACGAGGGCAACAAAGCGAGGACGGUGGCAGCAACGAACAUGAACGAGACCUCGAGUAGGUCGCACGCGGUCUUCACGAUAUUUUUCACACAACAGAAGCAGGACAACGCGACGGGUCUAGUCACGGAGAAGGUCAGCAAGAUCUCUCUGGUCGAUCUCGCGGGUUCGGAACGAGCCGACUCCACCGGAGCCAAGGGCACCAGACUCAAGGAGGGCGCCAACAUCAACAAGAGUCUCACCACCCUCGGCAAGGUCAUCAGCGCCCUCGCCGAGAUCGCGGCUUCGAAGGACAAGAAGAAGAAGAAGGCCGACUUCAUUCCCUACCGAGAUUCGGUACUGACAUGGCUGCUUCGCGAGAACCUCGGCGGCAACUCCAAAACCGCCAUGAUAGCGGCCGUCAGUCCCGCCGACAUCAACUACGACGAGACUCUUUCAACGCUCAGAUACGCGGACAGAGCGAAACAGAUCGUUUGCAAGGCUGUGGUCAACGAGGACGCCAACGCCAAGAUUAUUCGCGAGCUCAAGGAGGAGAUCCAGAAGCUGCGCGAACUGCUCAAACAGGAGGGAAUCGAUUACCAAGAAGGGCCAGAUGGCAAAAUCACUUAUGAAAAGAAAGAGUCUAGAGACGUGACUUCUUUUAUCCGAAACGCAAAACGGGAAGACGACAUGAAGGAGUCGCGACAGAGGAUCCCUUCCCACGGAACGUCCACACUGGCCGAGGAGGCCGUCGAGCAGCUACAGGCCUCGGAAAAGUUAAUAGCCGAGCUAAACGAAACGUGGGAGGAAAAGCUGAAGCGAACCGAGGCAAUCCGUCUGCAGCGCGAGGCCGUGUUCGCGGAGAUGGGCGUCGCCGUGAAGGAGGACGGCGUGACCGUGGGAGUGUUCUCCCCGAAGAAGACACCCCACCUGGUCAAUCUAAACGAGGACCCCCUCAUGUCGGAGUGUCUGCUGUACUAUAUCAAGGACGGCUUCACGCGGAUCGGCAGCGCCGAGGCCAACAUUCCCCAAGAUAUACAGCUGUGCGGUCCUCACAUUCUAAGCGAGCACUGCGUCUUCGAAAAUCACGAGGGUCUAAUCACACUGAUACCCAAGGCGGGGGCCUUGAUUUACGUCAACGGUCGCGCCAUAACCGAGCCCCUGCUGCUCAAGACUGGCUCCAGGGUUAUACUCGGCAAGAAUCACGUCUUCAGGUUCAACCAUCCGGAUCAGGUGCGCGAGAGGCGAGAGAAGAGCUCGCCAGCCGAGACACCGGCAAACGGCGAGACGGUCGACUGGAACUUCGCCCAGAUCGAGCUGCUCGAGAAGCAGGGGAUCGAUCUCAAAGUCGAGAUGGACAAGCGUCUUCUAGUUCUCGAGGAACAGUUUCGCAAGGAAAAAGAAGAGGCAGAUCAACUGUUCGAAGAGCAGAGAAAAACUUACGAAGCUCGAAUCGACGCCUUGCAAAAGCAGGUCGAGGAACAGAGCAUGACGAUGUCGAUGUACAGCAGCUACACGCCCGAAGACUUUAAUAACAUUGAGGAGGACAUCUUCGUCAACCCAUUGUUUGACGCAGAGAGCAACUGGGGUGAGCGUGAAUUCCAGCUGGCCAGCUGGGCCUUCCGCAAGUGGAAGUAUCACCAGUUCACCAGUUUGCGGGACGAUCUCUGGGGCAACGCGAUCUUCCUCAAGGAGGCCAAUGCCAUCUCGGUGGAGCUCAAGAAAAAGGUUCAGUUCCAAUUCACGCUGCUGACCGACACGCUGUACUCGCCUCUGCCACCGGAUCUUCUACCGGCGGUCGAGGACGAUGAGGAGGAGGAGAGACCCUUCCCUCGGACAAUCGUCGCCGUCGAGGUCCAGGAUCUUAAGAACGGGGCUACUCACUACUGGACUCUCGACAAGCUCAGAGAGCGCUUGGAGGUGUUGCGCCGAACUUACGACGAAGACUCGAGUCCCACUAGCAGCGGCUGGCCGCCGGAACUGGACUUUUUCCAAUACCGUCAUCACGCUAGCCCGAAGCUAAUGCUCGCAAACCUCUUGCCCUCGAGGCAAAGGCUGGAACUGAUGCGAGAGAUGUACCACAACGAGGCCGAGCUAUCGCCCACAUCGCCGGACUACAACAUCGAGAGCAUUACCGGAGGCGAUCCAUUCUACGAUCGGUUUCCAUGGUUCCGUAUGGUUGGCAGAUCGUUCGUCUACUUGAGCAACCUGUUAUAUCCGGUGCCACUGAUCCACAAGAUCGCUAUCGUCAACGAGAAGGGCGACGUCAAGGGCUACCUCCGAGUGGCCGUACAGGCCGUUGUAGAAGAGGAAAAUAGCGAGUACUCAAGUGGUGUACGACAAUCGGCCCGGAUUUCAUUCGACGACGAUCUGUUCGGUACACAGCGACAGAACCGUCGUAACACCCUGCUUGCCCAGACCCUAGAGAAGAACCAGCAGCAGCAGAUCUUGAUGCAGGAGGAGCGCGUUGUCGAGGGUCAGAACGAGAACAAGGAGAUCAAGAGCAACGAGAAUUGCAAAGAGCUCAAGGAGGACGAGGAGGUCGGCGAUGCCGACAGUGGCCGAGGCGACAGCUCAGUCUCGAGCGAUAUGAAGGAGGAGGAACUGCCUGAGCAUCUCCAAAUUGGCGCAGAGUUUACCUUUAGGGUCACUGUACUGCAGGCCAUGGGCAUUGCCACCGAAUAUGUCGAUCUCUUCUGUCAAUUCAAUUUCUUACAUCGACACGACAUCGAUACUUUCUCAACCGAGCCCGUCAAGAACACUGGAAAAGGAAAUCCACCCGGCUUCUAUCACGUACAAAAUAUAACUGUCACAGUCACAAAGUCAUUCAUAGAGUAUCUGAAGACGCAGCCAAUAGUCUUCGAAGUCAUUGGCCACUAUCAGCAACAUCCGCUCCACAAGGAUGCUAAACUUGAGUUCGUGCGUCAGCCGCCUAAGCGUAUGCUGCCACCGUCGAUCCCGAUCAGCCAGCCGGUGCGCUCGCCUAAGUUCGGCAGCGUGUUACCCUCACCGAGUACCUCGCACGUGCACGCCAAGUACGACGUGCUUGUCUGGUUCGAGAUUUGCGAACUGGCACCUAACGGCGAGUACGUGCCAUCGGUGGUCGAUCACAGUGACGACCUACCCUGCCGGGGCCUCUUCCUUCUGCACCAGGGCAUCCAGCGACGUAUCCGCAUCACCAUUGUACACGAGCAGGCCUCGGAGCUGCGCUGGAAGGACGUGCGCGAACUCGUCGUCGGCCGUAUCAGGAACACACCCGAGCCCGAGGAGGAGGAUAACGACUCGUCGGUCCUCUCACUCGGACUAUUCCCCGGCGAGUACCUCGAUCUGCCCGGCGACGAUCGCUGUAUGUACAGGUUCGAGGCUGCCUGGGAUAGCUCGCUGCACAACUCUGCACUGCUCAACCGCGUCACUUCGUACGGAGAGCAGAUCUUUAUGACCAUCUCGGCUUACCUCGAGCUGGAGAACUGCGGCAGACCGGCCAUUAUCACCAAGGACCUGAGCAUGAUCAUCUACGGCCGAGACGCGCGAGUGGGCCCACGAUCCUUGAAGCACCUGUUCAGCGGCAGCUACCGUAACCAGGAGGCCAACCGUUUGAGCGGCGUCUACGAGCUUGUUCUUCGCCGCGCUUCUGAAGCAGGUAGCCCAGGUGUACAGAGGCGACAGCGCCGAGUGCUCGACACAAGCUCGACCUAUGUCAGGGGCGAGGAGAACCUCGACGGCUGGAGGCCGCGUGGCGAUAGUCUUAUUUUCGACCACCAGUGGGAACUUGAGAAGCUUACGAGGCUCGAGGAGGUCGAACGUGUCAGGCACACUCUGCUAUUGCGUGAAAAGCUUGGCAUUGACAAGAACAUUUUAUGUAAUAAGACCGUGCAUGACUUCACCAAGAGCGAGAAGGAGGUGUGCAACAUGGUGGCUAAGGCGACGAAUGAGCCGCAUGCCAGCCCUGUUAAGCUGAAGAAAUCAACGAGCAAGGACGUGUACGAGCCCUGGGAGAUGAACGAGCGCGAGAAGGAGAUAGCGAGCAAGUACGUGAAACUGAUCCAGGGUAGGAUCCCGAGUAAGGAACCGAUCGUACUUUCGGACGUUUCACCAGGCGACGACACCAUAACCGACAUGACCACCUCGAUGAUGUCCUCGGUCGUCUCCUCCUCGUCCCAAGAGUCAGUAUAUCCCCGAUUAUGCGAUUACGAGCAGGAGAGGUGUUACUUGCAGUCCGCAGGAAUAAUAGUGAAGAGCAGGUCUAAGUCGUGCAUCUUUAGGUUGAGCUCGCCCGAGCGCGCGAGGCUUCAGGAGCUGCAGGAGAGUAUCCUCGCGGGCAGCGGAGGAGACACGGCCUCGGCGCCGGCUCCUCUUGGUGCCAGUUCACCCCUCAAGGAGAGCCUCGUACUCUACGUGCCCGAGGUUGAGGAGAUACGCAUCAGUCCGGUCAUCGCCCGGAAAGGCUACCUCAACGUCCUAGAGCAUAAGACUAACGGAUGGAAGAAGCGAUGGGUGUCUGUUCGCAGACCGUACGUUUUCAUUUUCCGGGAUGAGAAGGAUCCCGUGGAGAGAGCGCUGAUUAACCUGGCGACAGCCCAAGUAGAAUACUCUGAGGACCAGCUAGCUAUGGUCAAAGUACCCAAUACUUUUAGCGUUGUAACAAAGCAUCGGGGUUAUCUCCUCCAGACUUUAGGCGAUAAGGAGGUUUACGAUUGGCUUUACGCAAUUAAUCCUUUGUUGGCGGGACAGAUAAGGUCGAAACUGGCGCGCAAGGGGCCGGGAGCCAACGGAAUACCGAUAACUCUAGCGCCACCUGCAGCUACGACCACAGGAGUCGGGCUCGCGGAUACUCAAGCCCAAGCCAAGUGAGUGGCAGACUCGCUGGCCGAGAUGAUGGGCGUCGUCGCCAAGGCCUCGAGGAUCGUGCUGAAUCGCUCUCACUCUGCCCUCGAGUCGCGGGAUUUCUGUAGCUUUGGCUUUCCGAUUGUUUUCGACUGACAACUAGGCGGAUCAGUUUAGACCCAUCAAUCAUAUGUAUAGGCGUCUGCCCGUUCACCGGCCGUUUCCCCCCGUGGGAAGCGUUGCGCAACGGUAGAGCGUGGCACGGCCACACGUAAUGCGUAUAGAGUAACCGGUAAGUGCCAGCUACCUCCCGUCAGGGAGGAUAUGGCACAAACGCAAGAGCACACCGGUAUCCAUGAACGAACGAACGAACGAACGAACGAACGAAUAUGAUAUAUACCGACUGUAAUCGAUAUAAGCAUUCCGCUGCACAUCACCUAUUAUAAAUGAUGACACACACAGUGCGACAACAAGAAUAAGCAUUCCCCGCUCUCAUACACUUGACGCCACAUCCUCUUGUUCUUUUGUCUGAUCCGCAUUUUGGUAUAUAUUAUAUAUACACACACUCACACGAUUUGCGUAUAAGCGGUAUUCUCGAAGGGGGAGCGCGAGAGAAGCGCGAAAAUCUUGGUCGUCCAUCCUAAUAAAUUGCACGGCCAGCGCAGCAUCUGCACACAGGGACGAUGUUCUUAUAUACUUAUACUAGAUCUUCGAUGCAAUAAAGAGCGCAGUCGCUCUUUUCAAGCACACGUCGACACACAUCCACACUGACACGCACACAUACACACUGACAAGCCAAAAGAAAAUUGACAUUAAUUUACAAGAAGAAGAAGAAGAAGAAGACAAAAAAGACAAAUGAAAAAACUACUCUUCGUAAAUGCUUUGGUAUAUUCGGAAAGAAACAUACAUCCCCCUUGACGUUUAUAGAUGUAGAGAGGAAGUGAGAGAUGCGCCCGCUGCUAUAAAACGUUGCAUGAGAGAGAGAGAGAGAGAGAGAGAGAGAGAGAGAGAGAGAGAGAGAGAGAGAGAGAGAGAGCGAUGAGAAACUACAGACGAGUCAAAGCAGGAAAAGUGUGCGAUUACGAUAUGAGCUAUGUACUGCGAGAGGAGGCUGUUUGCGCGCGCUCUCCUUGUAAAUACGGCGCGCGUAGAGGACCACACCCUUCGCAUACGUUCUCGCACUUCGGAGCAGCCCCGCUGUCUUUUCUCCGUAGAUAUUUUUAUAUACUUAGAGAAAGAGACGGCGGCGGCACAACCGAUCUCGAGACGCGGGGACAGUGAGGGAGAGAGUAGAGGAAACGGAGAAGAGUCGGCUGCUGCGAGAGAGAGAGAGAGAGAGAGAGAGAGAGAGAGAGAGAGAGAGAAGCUCAACAUUCAACAGUAUGAUUUCUAGUCGAAAGUAUGCGUGUGAGAAAUGUAAGAGUGCGUGAAUUGUGAGUGUGAAGCUCGCAAGCUCUGCAAGCUUUAUUUUUUUUUUUUUUGUUAUCGUUCGAAGCCAUUGAGAUAUUAUCUAUUAUUAUUAUUACUGUCAUUAUUAAUUAUUAUUAUUAUUAGAGAACGAUCAAUAUCAUUAUUAUAAUCAUGAUUACCAAUCGAGCCCUGCGGAGGCGUUCGUAUUUAUUUUAAUUCGGAUAUUAAAUAGCGAGCGCGAAGAGUGAACGAAAGAUCGAUAAUCGAUCGAUUUAUUAUAAAUAUUAAUUAAUGCGGUAGGGGUAAGCGGAGCAUCCCCCGAGACGUUGCCGGACAUGAAACUCACACUCUGAGGCUGGAUCAAUCGCUAUGAUGAUCAUUAGAGUUUCGCGUACGCGUGCGCGCGCUCGUGGGCUGCUACGCCCGCAAUCAGUUUCGCUUGCUGACUGUUGUAGCGUUUAAUAUUAUAUAUAUAGUUUUAUUUUGUUAUCGAUUGCAGCGAUCCGCACGCAUCGGAGUAUGUAUGCUGUACUCGCGAUGCGCGAACAAUGAAUUACAAGAGAUGAGUAAUAACGAGCGGAAGAACGAAAGGAGAGCCGCCGCCGCCGCCGUUGUAAUGCACUUAUGAUCGUGAAGAAUCAAUUCUGUACGUCGCAGAGAAAAUUCUUCGAUUCUUUAUUACGAUUGCAAAAAGUCGAGGCCUGCGGCGAGAGAAAUACAGCCGGAAAACAUAAUUGGCAUUAAUGCAACCGCGGAAAGGGAUAUACGGACAGGCGUGGGAAAUUGUAAAAGAGAAUAUGAUCACUUAUAUAUAUAAAUAGUUAUAUAUAAAUAUAUAAAGAUAUGCAUAAAUCAAUUUAAUAUAAACAACGUUACUACACGCAUUUACGAGGACGCAUCAAGCGCGACGGAAUUUACCAAAGAGUUGGGGAGAGAGACGCAGUAGAGAGAGAGAGAGAGAGGGAGAGAGAGAGAGAGAGAUAAACGAAAAGAAAUGAGAGGGAGAGAAAAACGGCGAACAUAUAAGAAGUACGAAAGAAAUUGUCACUGAUGCGAAGAAUCUCCGAUUCUCUAUGCUCUAAGUAAAUAAAAAGUAAGUUCGUGUAUUUAUUUGUAUGUUACUACAAACUUGGAUUCGUGCAAAGCCGUUAUUGUUUUAGUUCGGGUCCUUUUGAUCGCUAAAAACUGAAAAGAAAUAAGAGAGAUAGAGGCCACUCUGAACAAUUCAUUAAUGCUGUAACGUGUAUUGAUUAUUACGAUUACUUAACUUACACACUAGAUCUACUGUAAGUGGUAAUUAACGUGUAAUAAAACUGAUUAAUAAAAGCUUACAAGGUUGCGCUCAUUU